UCUCGGACUGCAGUUCUUGCAGACAGAAACAUUCACUGCCAGAAGAGCACCUUCUAGAUUGCUCCUGGAGUGUGGAGACAAAAAUCUCUGCUGUCCAAAUUACAGAAACCAGAAGAAAAAAGACAUCAUGAUUUUAUGAACAUGGGAAAAGAAGUACAGCCAAAACCCAAGGUGAACGUCUCUUCUUACAUCCACUUUUUUUUGAAUUACAGGAACAAAUGCAAGGAGCAGCAGCCAAAUUCCUACUUUGGCUUUAAAGAGUUCUCUAGAAAGUGUUCAGAAAAAUGGAGGUCCAUCUCGAAGCAUGAAAAGGCCAAGUAUGAAGCCCUGGCGAAGCUCGACAAAGCCCGAUACCAGGAAGAAAUGAUGAAUUAUGUAGGUAAGAGGAGAAAAAGGAAAAAGCGGGACCCCCAGGCACCCAGACGGCCUCCAUCCUCCUUCCUGCUAUUCUGCCAAGACCACUACACUCAGCUAAAGAGAGAGAACCCCACCUGGUCUGUGGUGCAAGUGGCGAAGGCCACAGGGAAGAUGUGGUCAACAACCUCAGAGGCGGAAAAGCAACCAUAUGAGCAGAGGGCAGCUAUUCUGCGAGCUAAGUACUUCGAGGAGCUUGAAGCCUACCGUUCACAAUGCCGUGCCAGGAAGAAUCUCCAGAGGUUGGCUAGAGCCCAGCGCAAGAGGAGAAGCUGAGUUGAGCAAAACUGAUGGAUCCAGUUUGACAAAAUAAAAUGCUGCUGAACUCUA